AUGUCCCCUGGUAGAAUCGCUCAGCAGGACGAGUACGAUUUCAUCAUCUGUGGAGGUGGUACUUCGGGCUGUGUGGUAGCAGGUCGUCUUGCCGAAGAUGCAAACACUAAAAUCCUGCUCAUUGAAGCUGGAGCGCACAACAAGGACCUCGAGAAUGUGCACAUGGUCGGGGGAUGGUCGCAGAAUUUUGAUACCGAUAAUGAUUGGAGGCUGGUAUCCGAGCCCAUGAAGGGCGUCAAUGACCGGCACGUCAAACUCAGCAGAGGCCGCUUCCUGGGUGGUAGCUCGGGCGUUAACGGCACCCUCGUUGUGAAGGGAACGAAGCAGGAUUUUGAUGAUUGGGAACUUCCGGGAUGGUCCGGUGAGGAGGUAUUCGGCUAUAUGCGCAAGGCCGAGAACUUUCACAAUAAGUCUUGGUUCAACCCUGAUGAGAAGACGCCCCACGGCACGAGUGGGCACUUGCACACUGAGCCGCAUGACUUGGCUCCGAUAUCCAAGUUGGUGCUGCAGUCAAUGGAGUAUAAAGGCCUGCCUUUGAUCCCGGACAUCUGCUCAUCUGGGAACUGCGCACACGGCUGCGGCCACGCAGCACGAACUCAUCACAAGGGCAUCCGAACAACAGGAGCUGAUUUUGUUACCAACAAUCAACACAAGGCCAACAUUGACAUCCUUGUGGACACUACUGUCGACAAGAUCAAUUUUGACACAGUUGAGGACGGCAUCCCAAGAGCCACAAGUGUGACGGUGAUCGACCGCGAGGGGAAUAGCACCAAGGUACGAGCACGCAAAGAGAUCAUCGUGUCCGCUGGAGCGUACUGCUCGCCUCCACUGUUAAUGCGCUCGGGUAUUGGCCCUGGUCCUGAGCUUGGUAAGCAUGGUAUACCUGUGCUCGUCAACUCGCCUGGCGUUGGUCAGAACUUGCUCGAUCAUCUCAUCACUUUUACAUUUUAUGAGGUCAACAAGCCUGGCAUAACCAAUGACCAUCUAGUCUACCACGACAAUGCGGCCAUGGCAGCAUUCAGGCUGUACAAGGAGGAAAAGAGUGGAAUCUUGUCGACAUUUCCAUUCGGCGCGUUUGGGUUUGCUCGGCUAGACGACCGCCUACAGGAUUCGAAGCUCUGGCAGGAAGCUAAACGGAAGCAAGGGCGUGAUCCGAUGGACCUCACACCGAGCCAGCCGCACGUGGAAUUCUUCACCACUGAGCUGUAUGGCGGACCAAAACAAUAUGAGGAUUUCCCCAUCGACCAUAAACAUGCCUUUGCCAUGAUCACCGAGUUGUUCUCGCCGAGGUCGACAGGCACUGUCACACUCGCAUCAGCAAGUCCGCAUGACAAUCCGAAGAUCGAUCAUAACUACCUAGCGGAUCCACUUGAUCUGCUGGUGAUGACCGAGGGUACGAGACUCGGGAAUGAGAUCGUAACUCAAGGCCCUGCCACGGCGGAGCUGAUCUCGGGGUCAUGGCCCGCGGAUCUGCAGCACCAUAAGUUUACGCACCGAGAUCAGUGGAUCGAUCAUGUCAAAACGCAUGCAACGACAUGCUAUCAUGCUGCGGGCACGUGUAAGAUGGGAAAUGAUGGCGAUGAAAUGGCGGUGUUGGAUUCCCAGCUGAAGGUCAGAGGUGUAAAGGGUCUGAGAGUCGCCGAUUGCAGUGUGAUGCCGCGUCUGCACUCCGGCCAUACUCAAAUGCCAGCGUAUGCUAUAGGCGAAAAGUGCGCAGAUCUAUUGAAAGCGAGCUGGAAUAAAGCUUCAGCUUGA